AUGGAUUUUCAAGACUUGGCUGAGACUUCCAAAGGCGACCGCUGUUCAGAACAUUCACCCCCUCUGCAAGCGGGACAGGUUGCCCGCGUCCCAAGCACUCAGGGCAGGUCUUCCUCUUCUGUUCUCCCGGUUGAUGACACCUUUAGAAAUAUUCAGGCAGACGCACAUCAGACACAGUUCUUCCCGGCCGCUUUUCCCCUGGUGCAAGCUGAGAGGUCCGUCUCUUGGAAUGAAAACAGUCCCUCUGUUAAGUUUGACACUAGAAACCUGCCGCAGCAAUCGGUGGCCCGCUGGAAGGGCUUUCCCAGUUUCUCGAGCUCGAAUUGUGUGCGGAAGCUUCGUGUCUCCUGUGACACACCUGCGUUGAAUAGUUCUGAACCUUCACCCGCACCUGGCAAGAGAAAUGAGGCUAGAGCUGAUAUUCAAGACGAGGUGGCUACAGGCAUGACAGAAACACAACGUCCUCCGGAUUACGAUCAGACUCAUGACCCAUUUAUGCCAGUAAAUGGUGAGGGAUCAGCGGGAAUUGCGGAGGAAUUUACACCAAGAGGAACUGAUAAGGCGCCAUCCCCUUCCACAACGACUUCAGGAGUAUGUGGCUCGGCAAGUGCCUUUAGCUGUCCUCAGUUUUCCAUUGCUGCAGGAAGCGCGUGCUGCACAUUUUCACCGUUCAAGCCGCUCGGUACAUCCACCAGUAUACGCUUCGCGAAGUGUAUCUCCAACGCAUCGACAUCCUGCACCCUCAGCGGGGAAACAUCUCAGCGGAACCGCAGAGAUUCAGCUCCGCACUCACUACUGGACCUGGGGAAAAAUUUCUGUGGUGGCUCUCUGCAGUCAGCAUGUGACGCUUGCCGUUCUGCAGGUUUCAGACCCCUCCUCCGUCGAACAUCCACGGCGCAGACAAAGUCUGCCCCGUUGCCUGAGGUGCCUGCUAGAGCAUCAUCUUUCCCGGACCCUCGCCGUGAUGCCACCGAGCACGUAAGCACAGCUGUCGGAUGCAGACUCUCUUCGUCUUCUUCGACGACGGCCGCGAUGUCCAACCUAUUAUCAUCAGACAGCCUGAGCCAGAUGCCACACACCAGCUGUCGUGAGGUCAGUGGGAGUGACAACGAGUCAUCCAGCUGUGAACAAGGCUUUAUGAAAGGUGGUCAGAAAGACAUUGUUACACUGUGUCGAUCAAGGCAGCAGAGAGGAGAUGCAUUUCGUGGUUCUGUGAUAUCCACUGUUCAGUGGAACAUCAGCGCCGACAGCCCGGAAACGUUAGUAUGCCGGGGAAGACAGACCGAGACAGAGGCUUCUAGCAUCAGGCCAGCAGCUCCGGGGGUGUCCCUAGUAGCAAGCCGGCAAAGCGAUAAAGGAUUUACCACUUCACAGCAAAGGAUCAGACACGUUUCGGUUACCAAGAGUCCUAAACUCAUGGAAAACAACAGGUUCUCGGCGUCACCGCAGCAAAUGUUUGUCCGGCAUCUACCAUGCCAAUCGGUGCCGUCUAUCCUUCGCCUUGAUAGUGGUGCGCCGAGACAGCAGGAAAACGCCUUGGGAGAGCAGAACGCCAGUCCUCUUGGAAUAUCCGAGACUCCGCCGCAAUCACCUUGUAUUCGACGCAGCUGUAGUGCCAAAGCGCACACUACUCACCGAGUGGGCUUUUCCAGAUGCGAGCGUUGUGUUGUUGGAAGCGAGGCCCAGCGAGAGCAAGCAUUUUCAUACAAGGCGCACCCUUACUGUCACUAUAAAAAGCCAUGCCGGGAAAAUUCGAAAAGAACAGAGUGCGUCAAUUCACAGGAGACCAUACAGCGACAAACAGGCGCACCUUGGCCCAAUCUGGGAGUGCCUGGAUACUCAACCUCCGGUGUUGCAGCAGAUGACACGAGCAGAAGCUUGUCUCAAGUGGCACCGGAUAGUUGGUGUGUAUGGAAACUGAACGCUAGGACAACUGGAACAAACGUACACGGGAACAGCAAAACGUUUGCCGUCCACGAGGAACCAGACCCGCAUCAGUGUGGAACCGGAUACAAGCAACUACCCAUAACCGGAGAGGAGUUAGUACGGAAGCACAGCGACUGGUUGACAGAGUUCGAGAAAACAGAAGCUCUUGAGUUUCGCGAGGUGUGGUACUGGGGAAGGUCCAGGAAAGCACCUGCUGGGGACUCCGUAAAAGCAAAGGAUUGUCAUAACAACGGCUUCGAUGACAGUAGAGGUGACUACCUUGCAAGUUUGGGAGAUCACGUGAACUACAGGUUCGAGAUGAUUGCAGCCCUCGGGAGAGGCUCCUUCGGUCAAGUUUUUAGGGCGUUCGACCACAAAACUGGGGGUUGCGUGGCACUGAAAAUUGUACGGAACAAGAAACAUUUCCAUGUCCAAGGGUGCGUGGAAGUGCGUACCCUGCAAAAAUUGCUUCAAAACGACAAGGAUGACAAAGGCAACGUCAUCCAUAUGAAGGAGCAUUUCAUAUUCAGGAAUCACUUGAUCAUCACUUUCGAGUUGCUGAACAUGAAUUUGUACGAGUUUCUCAAACGAAAUACGUUCAAAGGCUUAUCAUCGCUCGCGAUACGGAGCAUCGGUAUACAGUUGCUACAAGCUCUGCGCCUUUUGAAGCGGCAACAGAUAGUUCACUGCGACUUGAAGCCGGAAAACAUUGUUCUAAAGAAUCAACUGAAGUCCAGCAUAAAGGUUAUCGAUUUUGGUUCAAGCUGUCCCGAGGGAGAGAUGCCCUAUUCCUACAUACAGUCGAGAUUCUACAGAUCUCCCGAAGUCCUGCUGGGAUUGAGUUACGGCUGUCCUAUUGAUAUAUGGUCGCUUGGAUGCAUCCUGGCCGAACUCCAAACUGGACAUCCUCUUUUCGCGGGGGAAAACGAAACAGAUCAGACAGACGACGUUCAUUUCGUCGAUUUCAUCCGAGAAUGUCUCCAGUGGGACCCGUUUCAACGGAUCACCCCGGAGCAAGCGCUGCAGCACGAGUGGAUAAAGCAGUUCAAAACACUCAGACAGCAGAAACAGCGGGAGAGUGGCGAGUAUCAGCGCUGCAACUGA